AUGAAGGACACACUUCUAAUAGUUCUGCUUCACCUGUGCUGGACUUCUCUCCCGGAAGUGUGUUCCUCGAGCUCAUUCAACGAAAAUGUCAAUAAUUGCACCAUGACGUCGAGGCUAAUUUUGCCAGAACGUUACGUCAAAGAAAUUAGGCCGCCGUCAGAGAAAGGUGCGCCUGUAGUGGUAGAUUUUAAUAUUUUAGUAGUUGACAUUAACUCCAUCAACGUCGAAGAUAUGGAUUUCCGCGUGGACAUGUUCGUCAGUCAGAGUUGGAUAGAAUCUCGAUUUGACAUGUCUCAGAAUAUUUUUGAGGAAGACGAUGAUUAUGUUAUACUUCCGCCAGAACUCUUCGAUAAUCUUUGGCAACCCGAUCCAUAUUUUUUGAAUUCGAAAGUUUCCGAGAUUGCGACUUUGAGUCACAAGUUCUCACUGGUCACUUUAUAUCGGAAUAAAACCGUCAAGUAUUCUGCACGAAUUAACGCCAUUGUUGCCUGUCAGAUGGAAUUUCAAUUGUAUCCAAUGGAUAUUCAAAUCUGCCCAAUUUACAUAGAGAGCUUUUCCUAUAAUCGAAAAAAGUUGCGCUUAAAAUGGGGUGCGAGUGGUGUUACAGUGAAUCCUGAAUUGAAGCUCUUGCAAUAUGAUAUCGGGAAGCCUGUGGUGCUCGAAGAGACUAUAGAUUAUAUGCUCGAAAAAAAUGGAAAUUUUUCGCGAUUAGUGGUUUUUUUUCGCUUCGAGAGGCAGAUCGGACAUCACUUGAUACAGACAUUCGCGCCCUCGACACUGGUGGUGAUGCUCUCUUGGUUCAGCUUCUGGCUGGGCUUGGACGCGAUUCCUGGUCGAGUGGCUCUUCUGGUCACAAGUAUGCUUACAUUGGUGACGAUGUUCACUGGACUCAAGAGUGACAUUCCACCAGUGGCAUACAUCAAAGCACUGGAUGUCUGGAUGGCUGGCUGUAUGAUGUUCGUAUUUGCGGCUCUGGGUGAAUUCGUUGUCGUCAAGGUGCUCGACUUGCGACACACCGAGAAUGAUUCACACAGUUCCACGGGAUCUCGUUUGCUUUCGCGAUUAACGACGACGGAUAAAGGACUAAAUAUUUGGGAUGACGAGUUCAUUUAUACAACUAAAUCGAAAAAUAAGCGAACAAUCAAUGGUCAUUUGCUGCCAACUCUAUGGAUGCCAGAUCCCAGUCAGACACGGAUAUGUAAAACACGCUCUCAGAAAAUAGAUUGCUAUAGCAGAAUUGUGUUUCCUAUACUUUUCCUAUUUUUUGUCAUUUUAUAUUGGCCAAUAGUAUUGCUUAAAAAGGCACCGUAAUAAAACAUAUUUUUAUAAACGAA